AGGAAUGGUUGAGACGGACCCUGUAUCAAGGAGUUCCAUCAGCCUUGUGUCCUGGCGUCGGGGAUGUUUCUUUCGUUUUGCGUUUCUCUUUUCUUUUCAGCUAGUUAACGUUAGCUAUUCUUUAAUAGAUAUUCGUUUGUUCCUCUCGUUUCUCCUAAGAUCUACACUAUAUAACUAUUGUAAUCCUGUUCUCUACCCAUUUGCUAUCGCAUUGAUUUCAUUUACCCUAUUCUUCUAGCGCAGAUCGUGAGAGUCCAAGAUGUUUACAAGCUUGACUACAAAGCUGGCGAUGAAGAAGGUUGGGCUGUCGAGCGACGCUCUGGACUUCUCUUCGUCCAAAUCCAGCAAAUCCAACGACGGUUCCGUGCCAGGUCUCGAUGACUUGGAAGGAUCUAAUUCAAGCUGGCCGGCGUGGAUGAGUACGAAAAAACUUCCCCUUACUGCGCAAGCCUGGUUAUCGCCAGUUCCUCCUCCGGUUCCCAUUGCCGAGUGCCCUAAACCGGGUGACCUAGCUCCCAUCGAUAGAGAUCGCCAACUUUCCUUUGGUGGUGGAAAGCCGACCAUAGUUCUCUUCCUCCGCUGCGUAGGAUGUGCCUUUGCGCAAAAGUCCUUCUUAGCCCUCAGAGACCUCGCCAUAAAAAACCAAGGCAGACUGAGGUGCAUAGCCGUGUCACAUUCUUCACGGGAUGCAACACGCAAGUGGCUUGAUAUACUGGGCGGUGCGUGGAACGUCGAAGUAGUCAUCGACGAAGACCGCGCCAUCUACGCCGCGUGGGGGUUAGGGCUGGGAAGUAUAUGGUACAUGUUCAACCCCACCACGCAAAUACAGGGCUGGAAGGAGAAGGGCUGGCUGGGCAUAAAAGUAGCCAAUUCCGUUCAGCGGACAAGCAGCUUCAAACAAGGCACUCCUAGCACCGAGUCAGCAGAUGAAAAUGAGGGGCCGUCGACAGUCAUGGGGAAUAAAUGGCAACAGUCUGGGCUGUUUGCUAUCGACGGGCACGGAGUAGUAAUAUGGGCUACAAAAGCAGUCCGCGCGGAUGACAUGAUGGAUCUAAGUGCCGCAGCAACGGCGAUUGGUAUCCAACCAGCCGACUAGGAUAUGCUAAAGUGUAAUGAACGCAUGAAUGGACGAAAUGAAUAUAAUAACUUGUACUACC